AGCAAGACGGGGUAUAGGGUCCAAAUGCGAACAAGACAGAGGGAAUGGCGGGAAGACGUGAAAUCUUGAACAGUUGGACGUGGUGGUGGACGUGAAGCAGGACGUCGGGUCGGGGAAACGCCGCGGGUGACGCCGAUACGCGCCUGGCCUUACACAUGCCGUAAUUGAAUGGCGCAUCAUAUAAGUUCGAAUGGAAGAGGACUUUCUCUCUCUCCCACCGUCCGCGCGAUAUCCCUUCUUACCCUCUACCCUCACGUCCUACCCACCGUCUUCGACGGCAUCUCACUUCUCCUUCUCCUAUCCUUUAACGUUAACGUCAGUCAUGUCCGGCCCUGAGUUCCACGAGGCCACGUUGAAAUGGCCCCAUCCUGAAGCCAACGAUGUAGUUGUGACAGGCGAAUUCGAUGGUUGGUCGCAGACCAUUCAUCUUACGCGCACAAAGUCGGGUUUUGAAGCAGCGGUAAAGAUUCCUUGGGGGCGGAAGAUCGCCUACAAGUACAUUGUUGAUGGUCGAUGGACGACUACCGAUACUCAACCCACCGAGCUUGACCCAAUAGGCAACAUCAACAAUGUUUAUACCGCCCCCGCCCGUCCUGAACAGCCAAAAGGUACGACGCCAGUGGAGACACCACCAACGAAGCAACCGACAGCGACUGAGCCUUCUAAGAAGAAGGCUGAUCAACAAGAGGGUCCCCAACCCAGCGAGCCAAAGGUUGUUCCUGGUGUAGCUCCUGAAGCUGUCCUUCCUCCGCCAGUGCCAGUACAACCCCUAAUCACUAACCUGCCUCCUGCGGCAACUGCUGAGAUCGCGCCACCAAUCGAAGGUAUCUCAACGCAUGGCCCAGGGGUGAAUGGUGCAUCCCACCCACCUACUGCAGAUGUUGCUGCAGCCGUUCCGCUUCCACCGCCCACUCCAGCCGAAGCACCAUUAUCAACCACACCAGCCACCAAUGGUAAGACGGGAAAAACAGCUGAGACCUCAUCUACGACAUCCACGCCGAGUAAGGACAAGCGAAUGCCAUUCCCAAGUUUGGGUCGGCAUCAUCGCAAGUCGACGUCUUCUGCUGACGUUUCGGAGCAUGGCGAGAGUACUGGAAGUCCGAAGAGCACCGUCUCCACUCGCUUGGGUGUCAAAAAGAAGCGUACCAGCAGCUUCUUCGGUAAGCUGAAGGACAUAUUCCAACAUGACAGUAACGACAAGGAGAAGGUGGAGGAGAAGAAGUGAUGUGCCUUGUCACUUGUUAUGAUUGUCGCAUGUCCUUUCAUGAUUAGUACGAUGUGUCACGAGUAAGUAAUGAUCCCUUUUUUUCACACAUAGAGGUUUCGCUGUUAGUUUUAGUCCUCGAUGCUUUCCCCACGGUCUUUUGUUUACCUUCCAUUUUGCUCUUCCGGAUUGCUUUGACUGGUUUCUCUUCCUUUCCUGUUGUUGAUCUUCCAUAUUCUCUUGUAUACUUAGUUAGUCUGAUGCUUGCUGUGACGGAUUUCCUUGCGCUGAUUGUCCUUGACUUUUGACUCCUGAGAUUGCUCGAGCCGGCCAACCAUCUCUACCUGCGAAGUCAUGUAAGGUCCUCCAAAUAUGGCAACUGCUUCCCUUUGAGCGUCUCGACGAUGCUAC